AAAAGGAGUUCCACAUUUAAGCGCCUUGCAGUUCCGGCGAAUGUGUAUGUGUCACCCACAAGGAGGAAACUGAUAAGGUGGGGGAGAGCGGGCAGGAGCGCCUAAACUGGGAGCAGGAAGAGGGUGCCUGCUAGGCGUCGGGAGACAACAAGUCCCAUCAGGGAGGCCACGGGAGGCUGGCUGUACUUCACGCUGGUGUUCAGAAAGAUCUUUUGACUCUGGGGACCUCCUGAAGGGCUCACCAUGGCUGGUCUGAAAACAGCCAGUGGGGAAUACAUUGACGACUCCUGGGAGCUCAAUGUCUUUGUGGAAGAUUUGGGACCCGAGGCGGAUCCAGUCACACUCCGGGUCUCUGGCAGUAUGCACAUCGGAGGCAUCAUGCUGCAGAUUGUGGACAAAUUAAAGCUGCAGAAAGAUUGGUCGGAUCAUGCCCUGUGGUGGGAGCAGAAGAAACUUUGGCUGCUGAAGACAAGCUGGAGCCUGGAUAAAUACGGGAUUUUGGCCGAUGCCAAACUCCACUACACUCCGCAGCACAAACCGGUUCUCCUUUCAUUGCCCAAUCGCCGCAGCGUUCGAGUCCGGGCUAAUUUUGCCCAACCGGUCUUCCGCACAGUGGCGGACAUUUGCAAAGUUCUUGGGAUCCGCCAUUUUGAAGAGUUGUCCUUGUUGAGAGCCCCUGAGGAGAAGGAGAAGCGGAAGCAGAAGGAGAAAGAGACGAAUACGAUAGAAAGCUAUGACUUGACGGCCGUGCGGCUGCCAGCAAGCGCAGAGCAGCAGCUGUUCCGCGGGAUGCCCGCUCACUUCUCGGACAGCGCCGAGACGGAGGCGUGCUUCCGGAUGCUGUCCAUCAGCCAGACGGGGAUCACACCCGAGCAGAUCAUGAGGAUGCAGCGGCCGGGAUCCGUGAUAGAGAAGGCGCAGAUCAACAGCAGGUGGCUGGAUUCAUCACGGACAUUGUUGCAACAGGGAGUGAAGGAAAAUGACCGUUUAUGGCUACGUUUCAAGUAUUACUCUUUCUUUGAUCUGGAGCCCAAGUAUGACACCGUGAGGAUCAACCAGCUGUAUGAGCAGGCCCGCUGGGCCGUGCUUUUGGAAGAGACGGAUUGCACCGAGGAAGAAAUGAUUGUGUUCGCAGCUCUGCAGUACCGCAUCAACCAGCUGUCUUUAAACACCAGCCCUGCAGAGCAGUCUGCCGAGUCCGGCCUCGACGACUUAGACAAGGCUCUCGCCAGCCUGGAGGUUAAGCUAGAAGGGACGUCAUUGCCUCCGAAUGUCCUGGAAAGCCUCACAGCCAUCCCAGAACUGAAGGAUUAUCUUCGAAUAUUCAGGCCUCGCAAGCUGACCUUGAAAGGUUACAAGCAAUACUGGGUGACCUUCAAGGAGACCACCGUCUCCUACUAUAAGACGGCUGAGGAUUCCCUCGGAGAGCCUGUGCAGCAGCUGAACCUCAAAGGCUGUGAGGUGGUCCCCGAUGUCAACAUCUCCGGCCAGAAGUUCUGCAUCAAGUUGUUGGUGCCAUCACCCGAGGGGAUGAGCGAAGUGUACUUGCGCUGCACGGAUGUGAGUCGGGCAUCAGGAUGGGGGUCAGCUUAGAAUCAUAGAGUGA